AUGACUCCGUUUUUCGUCGCUAUUUUCUUGCUCGGCCUUUCAUCCUUGGCCACCGCCGUCCAUUUCUCUCAGGUCUUCGAUUGGUCCAAUGGAUUCGACUACGAGUGGCCGUCCGAGGCGAACAGGACAAGAGCCCUGAGUGACGGAACUUUCGAUCCAGAGACCAUCGAGCCUAUAUUCAUGGCUUUCUUUGGUUCAGUGAUCUUCUUCGCCCUUGAGAAACGUGAUGGCAUUCCAGUGACUCUUGUGUCUUUGCCGACGAACAGCGCGUCCUCUGAACCUCCGAAGCUCACUCCGUUUCCUUCGUGGGACAUGCAUGAAUUUGGAAACUGCAACAAAAUAGAAGAAGCAAGAGGACUGCAAGUGGACUCGGUUGGAAGACUGUGCACAGCCUGCAGACGAAUUCACGGCCGGGUUCGCACGGAGAAAGGUCCCACCUGA